AUGAUUGCCUUUGCUUGUCAUAUUGGCUUCGCCCGCGGGCUGGCCCCACGUGGACCUGGCGCGGGCGCGUCGAUGAAGGGCGUACGGUGCGUCUUGAGUCGAUGUCUGCUUUCGGUGCUCGUCGUUGUCGCUUUCGCUGUUCACGCCGAGGAGGUACGCGAGGACACAACCCCCAUAUGCAAUUUAGCUGGGACGACGUUGCCUCUAACGCUGUCCCAGGUAAAGACGAAGCUGGAGUUCAAGUGCGGCAGCGGGUUGACUGCCCUCCUUCCCAAAUCUCAAAAGGACCAGUCCCAGACUGAGUUCUGCCGGGACUCGUCCUGCACGACAAAGGUCUCCUUAGGCGAACUGAACCUAAAGUUUGAAAAGGCGGCAGAUAAGUAUGGCGUCACUGCCGACGAGCUCCCCGACCAACCCCACACCGUGUACUUUGUCUGUGCAGUAGACAGCCAAUCGGAUGAAAAGCAAGGCCGCAGUCUGUCUUUACGGAGUGCCGCCGCUAAGGACCAGCGCUGCGUCGUCCAGCUCUCCGUUUACGCGAAGACCCCGUCGACCGUCCAGGCCGACAACGUGUGCGACGGGAGCAAGGUCACAAGCGUGUCUCUGAAGGUAACCGAGGACCUCACUCCCGCGGUUUUCGGAUGCGGGGAAGGGCGAGCCCUUUCUCCUGCCCUUUUCGAAAAAGUCCUCCAGCGUGCUGAUGGUGCAGAGACGACGCAGGAGGUCGCCUUGCAGUCCUUGCUCCCCAAGGCGACACUGACUGCGAAUAGCUCUGGCUCCUCUGAUGUGCUGGGAGCAGCCUACACGCUGACAGUUCCAGAGUUGCCUGAAGCGGGACCGGUGAAGCUCGGCUACAAAUGCGCGGCAUCAAAGCCGGCAGCAGGUGUAGAAGGCGCCAAAGACGAUGUCCUGGACACCUCCUGUACCUCAGCCAUGAGCGACACCCGCAUUUUGUACGGGGUUGCGAAUCUGUGGAAUGAGGUUCUAACAUGCAGACCCGCUAGUGCUGCAGCCCCCACGUGGAUUCCCUCCCAUGCGGCGGAGAAGCAACCACUUGUCAAGGAAUGUGUAACUUCUGGAUCGCCGCUGUUGUUUGAUAUCACCGGGCAAACACCCCAAACGCUUCAGUUCAAAUGCAAAACCGAUUCCACUCUUCUUCCUUCUCCACAAACUCGGGCAGCACUUCCCACUCAGUUCUGCCGUGAUUCGGCUUGCAAGACCAAAGCGGCUCUAAGCGACUUCAACCUCGAGCUUUCUGGAACCGAAACAGCGUAUACUUUCGCAGCCAAGACAUUGCCAGUAACGCCGCACACCGUCUACUUCAAUUGCGUCCCCAAAAACCUCAACAAGAACUCUGAGGAGGUCACUGGCGAUGAUAAAAGUUGCGUGAUUCAGAUUUCCGUUUGGGGCCAGACCUCGUCGAUUGUUCCGGCCGAAAACGUCUGCACCGAAAAGGGAAAGAGUGUUUCCCUGAAGGUGGACAAGGACCUCACUCCCGUUACGUUCGGAUGUGGCGACAAGAGGACGUUGACCCCCGUGCUCCUCGACCAGGUCUUUCAGCCGACUGAGACGGCGGCGUCCAGCCCGCAGCCAGCUAGCUUGACUUCUCUUGUCCCUACAGCAGCUUUGACGGCAAACGGUAGUGACAAGGACGCAGCAAAAUGGCAUGCUUACACACUUACGGUUAAGGAGCUGCCCGAGGUGGCCCCCGUGCAGCUUCUUUAUAAAUGCAUUGCAACGCCAACGCCGACAGACCGGGUCCGCGAAGAGCAAGUCGGUGAACAAAACAAGCAGCCAGACUGCGAUGUGCUAAUAGAGGUCGACCAGCGUCCUAGCACUUCCGGGGGCUCUGACUCCGAGACAGGAGGAGGGCAGCGAGCAAGCCUCGUGGCCGCGUCUGCCAUCGUUCUUGCCUCGUUUCCCAUUCUUUCUUUCAUUCUAUGA